AUGAAACACAAAAAAGCUCUUAUGAUACUCGAGCGUAUCUGUAAACAAAUUGGUACAAUAACUAAGGGGGCUAAGAUUCAUAAUCAAUAUUGUGGAGCAUUUAACGCGGCGGUAUUAAAGGAUAAUUACGAGGCAGUCGAAACGAUCAGAAGAUAUUUCCCAAUCGCAAUUGCGACCCGACACAAUGACAAUUCCAUAUCUCAAACUAUAGCCAAGUACCGCGGUGAAUUCAUUUUAAAGCUUUUGGAAGACCUCUAUGUAGAUAAAGAAUCCAAUUCGUCACUAAUGAACUUAGCCCCUGAUACGGAGGGAAAUAAUGUUUUGCACUUGGCUGGACUAUUGGCACCUAUAGAAAAACUAAAUGUAGUUCCUGGUGCUGCUCUACAAAUGCAAAAGGAGGUACAAUGGUUUCAGAAAAUAAAGAAGUUUAUGCUUCCUUCUAAAGUGGAAGAAACGAACAAUAAAGGACAGACACCGAUUAUGGUGUUCAGAGAAGAACACAAGGAUCUAAGAAAAGAAGGAGAAGAAUGGAUGAAAAAGACAUCAGAUUCAUACACUAUUACAGCUGCCCUCAUUACUACCAUAGUUUUUGCUGCAGCCAUUACAGUCCCGGGCGGAAAUGAUCAAACUACUGGGAAACCAAUUUACACAACCAAUGCUAGUUUUAUCGUAUUUGCAAUCUCAGAUGCAAUCUCAUUGUUCACAUCCACAACUUCCUUGUUGUUGUUUCUGUCCAUUCUUACAGCACGUUACCAUGAGGAUGACUUCCUUUCCAAGGUACCUAACCGAUUAAUACUUGGUCUGGUGAUGCUAUUCUUAUCUGUGACAUCCAUGAUGGUGGCGUUUGGUGCAAUACUAUAUAUCAUGUUUGGACGGGGAAAGCAAUGGAUCCUAAUUCUAAUAAUUGUAUUAGCUUGUAUACCGAUUGUCUCAUAUGUGAUAUUACAGUAUCCAUUACUGUCUGAGCUGGUCUCUUCAACAUAUGGUCAUGGAAUCUACAAGAAAACACACUACUAUCGAUAUCGCAAGAAAAAGUACGUAGUAUCAUCAGAGGCUGUAGUGACUUAA